AUGACCUGCGAGGAUGAAAAGGAUGAUCAGGACUCCGGGAAGUUGAAUGUGAAACUUAAUAGCGUGCAGUCCUUGGCUGUGCUUCAUUUCUUGCGGACUUCUGUCGAGGAUUAUACCUCGACCGCCCCCGAAGACUUGGAAAAUGCACCGCCUGCGUUACAGGAGCUGGGGGCAUGCGCCGCCUCCCUCUCGUUGUCUGGCUUCCAAAGGGACGAGAACGGUGAGGAGGACGUCGAGGUGCUGCUGGGCCAUUUAAUGCGUCUGACGCAGCCUGUUGAGGGCGGACAACGGCAUGCCAAGGAAGAAAGAGAGGAGGAGCAGGAGGAGGAGCAGGAGGAGGAGCAGGAGGAGGAGGAGGGGGUGGAACGACGGUAG